AAUCAGAGCGGUCGUGUCUUGAAAGAGUUGGGACUGAUUGAUUUUGAGAGGUGAACUGUAAUAGGACGAGAGCGUCAUACAUGGCGCCGUGGUAUCGAUGAUUUGAGAAAGAAGAAGAGGGAUGAGCAUCGCUUGCCUCCAUGACCGCCUGUCUUAACGGCCUAGUAUUACACGUGGUUCCGGAUAUAGUGUGUCUCGAUCUCAUGAUGACGAUUACAGCUACUUGAAGGUGGAGUCAAUUGGUUUAAGAGGACCUCCAAUCAUUGUCACUGAUGCAUUCCGAAGCGGUAUUACCUUCAUGAUCGCCUCACUACAAUCACUCGCUCUCUCCGACCCAUUUCUGUUUCCGUUACUCAUUCACUCACUUUUUAGCGCUUCUUCUCCUUUUCUGAAAAUAAUUUCUAAAAAGCGUAUCUUCUGAAUUUAAAAGCAGUUGUCAUUUUGAAAACGAAGCAAUCGAUUUUCUGUAACCUUGCUUUCGCCUUUUUUCCCGCCGAGUCGUAUGCAUCGCAAAUCUCGAAUAGAAAUUGAAAAGAGAAUUGUAUUCUUUAAUGAAAGAGCGAAUUUUUACGAUGGAAUCUUCUAAGGCAUUCACCAUUGAUGCGCUCCUUUCAAAGGAGGCUUCGACAGGUUUGAAGGCAAAAUCCCCUACCAACUCUCCUCCACCCAUGGAUAGAAGCAGUCCUCUUAGUCCUCUUCCAGUUCAACCGCACCCAUCCCGUUUAUCUAUAAUGGACCGUGCACUUGGGGCCACACCCUUAUCGCACCCAUCGGGAGGAGGUGGUGGUGGUUGUGGGGGUGGAAAUCACCACACCCUUCAAGCAAGAGGGAUGCACAGUGGAAGUUUGGUCCCCAAACCAGGACUCCUUGGCUUUCAUCCACCUGUUUCCGGGAUGGCGCCGAACGCCUCCGUGGUUCCCGCCAUCUAUUCGCACCCCUUGUACGCCGGACUGUUUGGCGGCCAGCAUCACGCACAAGCUGCACAUCAUCUCAGUGCUUUUCGAGCCGCCGCAGCAGCAGCGGUCGGUGAACAUGGAGUACGGAGUGGCCACCCGCUAUCAUCGUUCUCUGUCGACUGGUUUCGUAACGGCGUCAUGCUGCCCAGAUUCGGAGACUUUACAGGAGGUUUUGGUCCAAACCCUCCUACAGUCCUUGGAAAGACACGACGCCCUCGUACGGCCUUCACAAGUCAACAACUCCUCGAACUGGAGCAACAGUUUCGGAAGAAUAAAUAUCUGUCAAGACCUAAGCGAUUCGAAGUGGCUACAUCCCUUAUGUUGACAGAAACUCAGGUCAAGAUUUGGUUCCAGAACCGCAGAAUGAAAUGGAAGCGAAGCAAGAAGGCUAAGGACCAGCCACAACAAGACCGUAACGCCGUCAAAGACACAACCGAUUCACUCCCUAAGUCAUCCGAACUGUCUACGAUAAAAGCCGAACCAUCUCCGACAGACGUUGAUUCGAACGUUUUGCUUAAAAGUGAUCGCUUACACGACAUUGACAGAGAGGAAUUAGAAUACGAUGAUGAAGAUGAUCUUGGCAUGGGAGAUGCUGACGAAGACGACGAAGAUGACGACCUGGGCAAUGACAUGAAAAUAGCGGGGAUGUGUGAACCUCGAGAAUUGUCGCAUAAUGUGUUUGCGUCAGACCAUAUGACGUCAUCGCCGCCGAGACUUGUCAACGGUCAUUUGCUAGAAAUAGUUCGUUAAUAUACAUGGAACACUUCAAUGUUUACAAGCAAAAAAAGCUGCUGGAAGAAUUAUGACAUUAAGUAUUUAUAUUUAAAGACUCUGACGUCUGAAGUUAUGAACUGACAAUUAAGGCCCCUCUGCUAUAUUCAUUUUUAUGGAGUAAACCCCCAAAAGGAUCAUUUGCCGUCGAUGGUGUUUACUGAAAGCAACUACGAAGAGCAGAAUUUAGAAUUCAAUUAUUGGUUCUCCGUACAAAUUUUUAAAUGUGUAUCUAGAACUCAACUAGUCAGUCAUCUUGGCAUAGGAAAGGUGGUAAAAGUAACGCCCCCCCCCCCCUCAGUUUCUCUCAUUGCAUUCUUGCCUUUCUCUUUUUUUUCCAUUUUUUUCUUUCUUAUUAAUAUCAUUUCGCUUUCUCAUUGUUCAUUCAUGUUCAUUGCGAUAAAUGUUUUCCUUAUUCCGGUAGACAAACAAUAAUGAAAUAUAAAUGGAAAUGGAAAAGAUAAAAUACAAAUUACAUGAUUUGGGUUAUAUAUCCACUUUGAUUCCCACUGAAUCGAACUUGAUUGAUAAAUUUAAGUCAAUUUGAAACUGUUUUCAUGAAUGGACGUUUAUAAAAGAAUACACAUUGAAACUGUUUUGAUUUGAGUUUUAAAUCAUGGAGGUGCCAUCCCUUUUUAAAUCUGCAUCGUGAUUUAUUUUACAUGUGUUAUGACUUGUUUACAAAACAUUGGAAAUGUUAUUUUUGUGCUAUCGUGGAAGAUUAUUUAUAAAAAUUGAAUUGGAUGCACAUGUGUAAUAAUCACCAAUGUAAUUAGUUAUGUGCAAUUAGUAAUAUUCUCUGACUUAAUGCACACUCUUACAUUUCAUUCGUUUCGCAUCUUGUGUUUUAUGUCCAUGUACAACAAGAAAUCCUUUUUCAAGUCGCUAAAUUAGUUUACAACUGCAAAUAUUUUUCACUCCAUUGUCAAAUACCACAACUGGGCAUUGAAAGAAGGUGUUAAAACAGAAAUACGAAAAGGCCUGUCGCUAUGUUAUUAGGCCUAUAUUAUAUCCGGAUGGUACACUAUAGAAAUAAAUAUUAAAACACAAUAGAAUAUUUUCGUGAGACAAGUUAAUAAUUUUGAAGUUAGAUUUUAAUACAUGUAACUAUUCUCAACGCUUGGUGCGUUCAUGAGGCAUUGUCAUUUUUCUGCUGUUUUAUGACUUUCUCAUAGGUAUGUAAAGUUAGUGUUAAAACACUGUUUAUUGUGUGCUUUGAUAUAAGUAUCAAUUUUCUGUAUAUAAUACGAAUUGAAUGAGCUAUUUAUGGUAGUAAAAGUAUUGUAUAUAUUCGUUGUUAUGAAACAAAUGUGAUGGUGUAUUAUCUAUUAUGAAAGACAAUUAAAGUGGCAAUCAA